AAUAGCAACACCUAAGAACUGCCGUCGCACGCGUACACGAUUCACGCAUGGAACACUCGCACACCCCCGCCGCGGCGGAGGCUGACGGCGACGCCUAUCGCAUCCGGCCGCUCCAGCUCGCGGACCUCUCCAAGGGCUUCUGCGACCUCCUCGCGCAGCUCUCCCCCUCCCCACCCCUCACCGAGGACGCCUUCCGCGCGCGCUUCGCGGAGCUCGCGGCGCUGGGGGCCGACCACCUCGUCCUCGUCGCGGAGGACGCCGCCACGGGCCAACUCGCCGCCGCGGGGGCGGUCCUGGUGGAGCGCAAGUUCAUCCGGCGCUGCGGCCUCGUGGGCCACGUGGAGGACGUGGUGGUGGGCGCCGCCACGAGGGGCCGCGGGCUCGGGGAGCGACUCGUCCGCCGCCUCGUGGAGCACGCGAAGGGGAGGGGUUGCUACAAGGUCAUACUUAACUGCACGCCGGAGCUGAGGGGGUUCUACGCGAAGUGCGGAUUCGUGGAGAAGAACGUCCAAAUGGGGCUCUACUUCUGAUCUAGGUUCCACCUUCUCGGAUCACACUCCCUGUUUAUGUUGUCUUCAAUAAAUUCCUGGAUUGAUGUAGUGCGAUGGGGAAGAUCUGUAGGUUCAACGCAUUUCUUCGAAUAACUGUUGUAAUUGCCUGUGUGAGCUAGUGAUCAAUGUGGUUUGUAAUGCAUUGCCUCAACAUAAUUAUGUUAAUGUGUGACACGUUUAUUCAA